UAAUAAACAAAUUUUAUCUGACAUGCAAUGUUUAACUUUUCAGGAAAAAGCACGGAAAAAUGCAAACAACUUUCUUCAAAUAUGUAAAACAAUAAAGUAACCUCCAGCCUCCUACAGCAAUGUGAAAAAUGAAUGAAAAACCUAAAUCAAGCUCUCAUAUUGGUAGUUGGUCCACUUCGUAAUAAUGAAACAACCAAUUUACAAAACUACUAUUCAUGAAACCCUACAACGUUUAAAUUUCCAAUUCCAUAGAAGGUGUAGUUUUACAGAAUUAUUUCAGGGUUGCGAUGCGGGCGAAGGCCAGACUGUGUUGAUGUACUGGAGCCCCGAGCACUCCGGCAGCAUGAGCGUCUCCGUUUCCACCUGCUCCUCGCGACACCGACUGUCCACUACCCCCUUAAUUGAACAUUGUGAAAGAGAGCUACGGUCCAUCGAGCAACAAACAGUCAUUACCUGCAGAGUCUCUUCAGGACUUUCAUCAACAGAGUCGCUGGUGUUUCCCGCGCCGCUGCAGCCGCCGCCGGGACGCUCCACCUCCAUCCUCGGCUCUGUCUGCGCGCUGCUGCUGAACAACCAGAACCAGGGCUCAGCUUUAGCACCGAAGCAGGUGAGCAGCGUCGCAUCAGAAAACAUCUGCCGCAUCUGCUUCGGCGGCGAGUCGGCGGAGCGGCUGGUGCGGCCGUGCUCGUGCCGCGGCACCGUGGCCGCCGUGCACCGGAGCUGCCUCGAGCGCUGGCUGCUGCAGGCCUCCACGUCCUACUGCGAGCUGUGCCGGCAUCACUACGUUGUAACCAGGAGCCAUAAAUGGUCAUGGCUGCGCUCGCUAGUGGAGUGGGCGCGGUCGGGGCGAGGGCGCGCGCUGGCGGCGGACGCGUGGCGCGGCGCGGCGCUGGGCGCGGGGUCGCUGCUGGGCACGGCGCGCGCGCUAGCGGCUGCCGACCGGCUGCUGCAGGCGGGGGCCCGUGCGGGGGGCGGGUCCGCGCUCGCCGCCAACCUCGUGUCCUCGCUGCUUAUUGGCGUCAUUGGUGAGGCAAGGAGCUCUCAACGGUCUGCUGACGACGUGGCUGCUGCUGAAGGUGCAGGAGCACCAGGGCUCGUGGCGCGCGUGGCGGGACAGCACCCUGCACGUGCGCGUGCGCCUGCGCGGGGACAGCGACCCCGCCGUGGGGCCGGGGGACGGGGGCGCGGGGGCAGCGGGGGGCGUCGACCGCGCCACCGACGUCGCAGACCCGUUCAUGAUGUUCCCGGACCCCUGACCCCCCGCGCCUGGCUCACUACUGCUCUUCACUACCUGCGUGCCUUAGAGGACGCGGCGUUGUCGUGAAGGUCAGUAAACAAACGGGAUUGUCAGCGGCUGCCAUGUAUCUAGGAACAAUCUUAUUUGCGCUCUCACUGCUGUUCUGGGUUGUUCUACUCUGCGUCGUGCUCGUUCUGAUAGAGGCACACUUCUCAGAGUGUAGGUGCCAGUGUCAUAGCAAUCAACCAUAAUUUUAUACUCAAAGAGGUUACAGGAAAUAAAAAGGGAUAAAA